GACGUCAUCUUCUCCAUCCUCGAUGACCUCUACCCUGAGAUGCCCGCGUCGGACCGGCUCGGCGAGGUCAUGAGAGCCUGUCUUCGCCGGAGCACGGACAAGAACGAGGAGGCGAACGCCUACACUGCUCGGGCAGUGGCCGUCUUCUCCGACGCGGAGCGCGAGGGUAUCAUCUUGACAGACAUCGCGGCAGGCAUCAUAAUGUUAGAAGGAUGCCAGUUAGAGCUGGAGAA